CCACCCAGGUGCCCCUGUUUGUAAUUUUCUUAUAGGUAAUAUCCAUAAUACUGGCUUCUUUUCUCCAUUUCUCCAUCCAAGGGGUUCUUUUCCUGAUUGCAUGGUCCUAGAAAAUCACUAAAUAUUGGAAUGGAAAAAACUAGGUCACAUGUAUUAAUACAGUUGGCAUAGCUGAAUCGAUCAGUUUCAAGUUUUGAUUACAAUGUACAGGAUCAUAUAUUUUACUAUUCCUUACAUAAUUAUGUGGAGCCCAGGUUCAAGCUAAGCUGUCAGCACCCUAGUGUACGUGUCUGCUCCCUUCCUCCUAACCACAGCAUGCAGUUCUAAAGUGCUUGAGUUUACAUUCCUCAACUGCCUUCUCUUCUCAUAUCCUACUCUAAUUCCUUUUUCCUAAAUGCAGUGAAACAUUUUGGCUAAUCCAGGCCCCAGAUCCUUGUAUUGUAGGAAAAAGUGUUCAAUAAAGCCAUGAAUAAUAGGAUUUUUAUACAAAGAUAACUCAAGAGAAGGGUUAUUGACUAGCAUCCCAGACCUCAUAUACAUUAGCUACUCAUUUCAUUCUAGAAUGUCCUGGAGGUCAAAGUUGAUCUUGAAAUAAAGAGCUAGGAUUCUUGCUACUACUUCAUGUAAUUAAAAUGCAAAUGUCAGGCCAUCUCAAAAAGCCUGUUGAGCACAGACUGACUAUUAACGCUAGACUCCAAUUAACAUUUCCUGGGUUUCUGUAAUGUGCCAAAUAUUGUUCAGAGGAAAAAAAAUCUGUAAAUUUCCACAAGGGGUUCACAAAGAGGGGGCAGUCUGGAAGAAUUACAGUGGUGUGUGUUCAAGCCAUGUUAGAACUGUGCACAGUGUAUGCUAUGAAACAUAUGAAGGGAGAGAUCUCCAGCCUGGGAAAAUCCUAGCUUUCCCGACUCCCAGCUCUACCCAGGAAUAUAGGACAACUAGGCAGGGUGGGGGCACCUAUCUUUGGAAACAUUUAACUCUAGUUGGGAUUAAUCAUGUUAUCCGUUGUUAAUGUCUUUGUCCUUCACUGUCCUACAUGUAAACUCCCCUCAAGACAGGGAAUGUACUUUAUUCCCCCUUGUCUUGUCCACCGCUGUCUUCUCAUUGCUGUUUCACAUGCUUGGAACUUAAUAGGCAUACCAUCAAUAUUUGUUGAUUGAUAGAUAAAUGUAAGAAUAAAUGGGAUAGACAUUGAGACUGGCUUUAAGGAGAAAGCAGUUUAUGAGGCUGACAUCAGAGAUAAUUAGAAUGUAAACCACUGGGCAGUUUAUCAGAAAAGGCAAGUAUUUAGACGGAAGUGGGGGGAUGGUUUAAAGACAUAACACAGUUGCUGACUACUGGGGGCGGGUGGAAGGGGCAGCAAGAAGGCUAGAUAUGUUCCCAAAGGUUUAUUGUUUUGGAACUACACUUUUUUUCUUUUGUAAAUUAGUUCUUUACCCAUCGAAUUAUUUUGGGAGCUCUGAAUGGCUAUAGCUUAAAGAUACAGCGGCUUCUGAGUUACUUUUACAUUUUUUUCUUAUGAGCUAGUGACCCCAAGGGACAAAAGGACCGGGACUCCCAAGUUUUCUAAAUGCUGGUAAGGAAAGGGUGUGGAAAUGCCAGGCGUGUAAUUGCGGCACCUGGCUCCGUUGCCAGGCAAGCUGAUUCCCACGCUGGCCGGCCUCCGUCGCGCAGCCCCGCCUAACGUGAGGGUCGCGCAGCCUGCGUCCCGCACCUUGAUUGGCUGCGUUGGGCUGCGUCUGCGGGCUCACGGGUCUCCUGUGCCCUGAUUGGCUGCGGGUAGAAAGGCUGGGGCCUGGGACCACACUGCCGAGGGGACUUCGCGGCCCUGUUGGGACACUAGUCUCGGGACCCUGACCCCUGUUCCCAGGCCAAGGGAAGACGGCGGGCCACGGGAAACCUCGGCGGGGGGAGGGAGGAAGGACGGAACCAGGGACCCGGGACUCACUGCGUCUUGCACGGGUGGACAGUGCCAUUGAAAAGUUUAUUGCAGGGAGGUGACAAGAUCACAUUUUGAGAAGAAGUUGGAAAGAAGCCCAAGUGAUUAACUGAAGCCCUGGAUAAGGACAGGAUCCCUGAGGAGAAACUGUAAGAGUAGAGGCGGGAGCAUGGAAUGAGUGGAGCAGGGGUCAGGGGAAGCUGGAGGUCCAAGCUGAGGAGCUUUGACAUCAUUGUGUGGAGGUACAAUGAGUACAUUCUGAGUCCCAGGACGGUGGGAAUUAGCCAACGGACUGCAGACAUGCUGUGGAAGCUGCUGCUAAGAUUGCAGCCCUGCAGGCUGUGUUCAUUCAGAAAGAUGCCAUUGGCUUCAAAAUCCAGACCCCCUUUAGCAUGCUUCAUCUAUACAACUGAUCAUCAAUCAAACCAAGAAAAUAAAAGAACAGUGGAAAAGCUCUACAAAUUUUCAGUGGACGUCAGGAAAAUUCGCAGAUUAAAAGGAUGGGUACUUUUUGAGAAGGAAACCUAUGUUGAAGAAAUUGCAGGCAUUUUACAACAACUAGGUGCCGAUGAAGCUGCUAUAGCCAGCAUUUUGGAACGCUGCCCAGAAGCAAUAGUCUGCAGUCCAGCCACUUUGAACACCCAGAGAGAACUCUGGCAGUUGGUUUGCAAAAACGAGCAAGAGUUAGUCAAGUUAAUAGAACAGUUUCCAGAAUCUUUCUUUACCGUUAAAGACCAGGAAACCCAGAGGCUGAACAUUCAGUUCUUUCAAGAGUUGGGACUCAAAAAUGUGGUCAUUAGCAGAUUUUUGACAACUGCAUCUAAUGUUUUUCAUAAUCCUAUUGAGAAAAAUAAGCAAAUGAUAAGUAUUCUCCAGGAGAGUUAUCUAAAUUUAGGUGGCUCUGAGGCCAACAUGAAAGUUUGGUUACUCAAAUUGUUAAGCCAGAAUCCAUUUAUUUUGCUAAAUUCUUCUGCAGCUAUCAAGGAAACAUUAGAAUUUCUCCAGGAGCAAGGUUUUGCAAACUCUGAAAUUCUCCAGCUUCUAUCCAAACUCAAAGGAUUUCUUUUUCAACUUUGCCCAGGAAGUAUACAGAACAGCAUGUCCUUCUCUAAAAAUACUUUUAAAUGCACAGAUCAUGACUUGAAGCAAUUAGUUUUGAAAUGUCCUGCCAUUUUAUAUUAUUCCGUUCCAGUUUUGGAAGAGAGAAUUCAGGGAUUAUUAGAAGAAGGCAUUUCCAUAGCUCAGAUAAAAGAGACACCAAUGGUACUUGAAUUAACUCCACAGAUAGUACAGUACAGGAUAAGGAAACUGAAUUCUCUAGGCUAUAGGAUAAAGGAUGGACAUCUAGGAAAUCUAAAUGGAACAAAAAAAGAGUUUGAGGCUAACUUUGGCAAAAUUCAGGCCAAGAAAGGAAGGCCAUUAUUUAACCCUGUGGCACCAUUAAAUGUUGAAGAGUAACUUGCCGACUGCUGUUGCUUUCCAGCAUUGCAGAGUGAAGCUAAGUAGCGAAGACUUGAGUGAUUCAGGCAGUUUAUAGGCACUAGUAAUUUGAAGAAACUAUUUAGCUUGAGUUGAGUCUAAGUUACCUUUAAGUAUAUAAUCUCUGACAUAUUUUCUGUAUUUUAAACUAUAAGCUGCAUUUUAAAUAAAGUUGGUAAUUUUUACCUUGAACUAUUUCAGAAAACUCCUGUACUAGUAACGGCCCAACAGAGUGAUAACUUUAUAAGUGAAUCAUUUCUAAGAAAUUGCCAAGUAUACUCCCUUAAUUCAAAGGAUGGGUAUGUUUUUAUUUAUAUAGCACAUUUCAUCUGGGACACAGACCCAGUGUUCUUCCUCUCCACCAGCUCUGAAACAUCAUUCUACUGUGGUCUGAAACCUGUAUCUUCAAAUUAGGUGAAAUUAGCAAACUUCUAAUACAUUUUUUUUUAGAUAAAGCUGAUUUCAUCUCUUGGUUGGGAUAAAUGCGUGUCUUUGAGAAUGAAGAAUUUCUCAUUCGAAAAGAAUAGAGCUUGUGUGUUUAGUUUAAAAUUGACCAUCUCCUCUCAUAGAACUUUUAUGUGCAUCAAUACUUUCCCAUUUUAUAGAUGAGGAAACAAGCUUAGAGAGGCCUGCCAAGUGAUAGAGUCCAGAUUUACUGUGAUCUGACUUCUGUUCAAACCUGUGACUAGAAAAAGGAUUGCUUAGGAGUUGGCAUUACGAAAAGCCAUAGCACAGUAGGUUGGGUGUCAACUCGGAUUCAGUUCAGGUCCUGAUCUCAUGGCUCCAAGCUCAGCAGGAAGUCUGCUUGGAUAUAUUCUCCUUCUGCCCUGUCCCCCUCUUGUGCUCUCUUUCUCAAAUAAGUGUCUUUUUUAAAAGAAAAGAAAAACCAUACCCUUACCUGACAUGACAAAGGAGUACCAACAACAAACUUAGGAAUUUUUUGUAAAACUCCUUAAAUAUGAAGUGAUCUAAUUUAUAUACAUUUGAAUUAAGCAGCUUUUUUAGAAAACUGAAAAUCCAGGUCUGGCUCAGAAAGGGAAAAUGUGUGAUGGUUGGUACCGGUUUUAAUAGCAUUCCAAAUUUCUGUUUCUAAGUCUUGUUCCAAGAUAAACAUUAUCCAGAUAAAGACUGGCUCACCUCCAGCUGCGGAUUUUGAAUUUUGUAACAAAUAACACCACCAAACAGUUGACUCUCACACUCCCACCAUCUGUGUCCUGUGUGCAUGGCCUUUUUUUAAGUAAUGAAAACCCAAUUAAAAAUACACGCCAUGUCUUUAUUCACUUAGCAAAUGCAAGUAACCCUCAGUGUUCAAAUCUGUUUGGUUCCUUGGGGUAGUGAACAAUAGUCUCAUGUAGCACCUACUAAGUGCUGGGCAUGUUAUGCUUUAGAACGCUUAGAGCUGAGAACCACCAUUUACUGUUCUACAAAUGAGGAGAUGCAGGCACAGACAGGGUGUCACUUACCCAAAGUUAAACAGGAAUGUUUGUUCAAGAAAAAGAAUGGCAGCAACAGUUGGGGCAGGAGGAGUGUCCCCGUCCAUCUAAGGAAUGGGAUCGCAUUCUAAGUGUGAUGGGGGAGACCUUCAGAAAGAGUUUAGUUUGCUUGUCGUCCUGACCUAAUUAUCAGUGGUGUGCUUAUCUUCCACUCUCAGAAGUGUUCUAGUUUGGAACAUUUAUAUGGUUACCUUAGUUUUCUUUUAUUUUACAUUGAGAUGCCUACUAGCUGAGCAGAGAUGUCAAAUGGGCAAAUGGCAAAGUCUGGAACCGUGAGGUCAGAACUAGAGAUACUCCGGGAUCAUCUACGUAUCUAUGAUGGUAUUUAAAGCUAAGACUCUAAAUGAGAUUGCCCAGAAAUAAAUUAUAGAUUUUGUAGUAGUGACUGGCCACGGCUGGAAGCAAUUGACCAAAAGAGGUCCCGAGGAAAGAGGGCGUGGCCAAUAAUAUUGAAUGCCAUAGAGCGGUCAACUAAGAUACAGAUAAGUGACCAAUGGAUUUGGCCAAAAAGAAAUCACUGGUUGGCCCUAUCAGGAGUGACUGGUGCAAUGAGAAAGGUAAGAAGGCACCUGGGGGGGGGGGGUUCGUGAGAACAG